AAACAAACAAAAUGGAUAGGAGUUGCUUCUCUUUCAUACAAUCACAGAAAUACAGUCAUGGCAGUAACCCCUCACACCACAGCGCAUUUUAGCACAAACCCUUUAAAAUUAAGCUCCUCUUUAAACAAAUUUCCUCCUAAAGUUAAUGUUUUGAGGUGCGCAUUGUCCACCCCAAAGCUUGACGAAGAGACCAAGAACAGCAGCAGCAGAAGAUUAGUUUCAAUUUCUCUCUUAAUAUCUCAUCUUCUCGUCGUCCCUAAUCAUGCUAAAGCUGCUGGUUAUUUCGACAAGUAUGUUAAAAGGAAAAAACUUGACCCACUUGAAGCUUAUGUUCCUGCUGUUAUCUUAACCCAAUUUCAGAUUAAGGACUUAGAGAAAAUUUUGGAGGUGGAUGAACCCCAAUUUGCUAACUAUCGGUCCCUGUUACGCUCUGGUCCUGCGGCAUCUCUUCGUUUAAAUAUUCGAGCUGUAGCACAGUAUGCUUCAGAUGCUGGAAGUGGAGACGCUGCUUUCAAUGAUGUUGAUCAAUGUCUCAGAGCUUUAGAAGAUCUUGAUUCGUUAUUCCUGCGAGCAUCAAGGAAUGAUCGGGGUGCUUCAGUCGAGUCAAUGAGGGCAAAGAUAAGUGUCAGCCUCAAUGCUUUAGACAGUCUCCUCCAGACCGUCCCUGGCGAUAUCUUACAGAAAGGAAAGGCCAUUGCUGAUGCCUAUGUAAGCCAGGAAGAAGAAGAAGAAGAAGCACAACCUGAAAUCUUAGACCCAGAACUGAAGAAGUUGGAGUCAAUUUUAUGAUAUCUGCAAUAUUUAAUGUAGCAAAGUUCAGAGACAGACUACAACAUACAGAAUCUGAUUAUUAAGAUUUUUUUUAUUUAACCUAA